AUGGCUUCCAAGGGCGCCAUCCCCGCGUACGCGCCUACCGGCUUCGACGACAUCAGCGCUAGCAUCGACACCAUCCGCAAGACAUUUCGCACCAACAAGACCAAGGAUGUCGACUUUCGCGUGCAGCAGAUCCGCAAGCUCUACUGGGGCGUCGCCGACAACGCGGCCCUCAUCGAGGAGGCGCUGAUGAAGGACCUCAGCAAGUGCAAGUUUGAGGCGCAGCUCUCCGAGAUUGACUGGGUCAAGAACGAGGCCGUCUACGUCGCCAACAACGUGCACAAGUGGGCCAAGGACAAGUCGGUCGACGACAUCCCCUUCCAGUACUGGGCGCUCGGCCCCAAGAUGCGCAGCGAGCCCUACGGCACCAUCCUCAUCAUCGGCGCCUUCAACUACCCCUUCCAGCUCAACCUGGCCCCUGUCAUCGGCGCCAUGGCCGCCGGCAACACAGUCCUGCUCAAGCCCUCGGAGCUCUCCCCGCACUCGGCCAUGGUCCUCAAGAAGAUCUUUGACGAGUACCUCGACCCGGACUGCUACCGCUGCGUCAACGGCAACGUCGACGAGACCAAGCACAUCAUGGAGCACAAGUUUGACAAGAUUGUCUUUACCGGCGGCAAGGGCGUCGGCACCAUCAUCGCGAAAAAGGCCGCCGAGACGCUGACGCCCUACAUCCUCGAGCUGGGCGGCCAGAACCCGAGCUUCGUCACGCGCAACGCCGACGUCAAGCUCGCCGCCAAGCGCCUCAUGUGGCAGAAGACGUUCAACGCCGGCCAGGUCUGCCUCUCGCACAACUACGUCUUGAUUGAGCGCCCCGUGCUCGACGAGUUCAUCGCCGAGAUCAACAAGCACCACGCCAAGUUUAUGCCCCACGGCGCCGACAAGAGCCCCGACUGGUCGCGCAUCGUCAACAUUAACCACUUCAACCGCCUCAAGCGCAUGCUUGACAACACCAAGGGCAAGAUUGUCAUGGGCGGCAACAUGUGGGAGGACAAGCUCAUCAUCGAGCCCACCGCCGUCCUCGUCGACAGCAUCGACGACAGCAUGAUGGUCGAGGAGAGCUUUGGCCCCAUCUGGUCCAUCCUGCCCUUUGACACCCUCGACGAGGCCAUUGACAUUGCCAACAAGGUCGACCCCACGCCUCUGUCUCUGACCACGUUUGGCUCCGACGCCGAAAACGAAAAGGUCCUCCUCAACGUCACCUCGGGCGGCGCCACCAUCAACGACGGCUUCUGGCACGCCGCCAUGAACCAGACGCCCAUCGGCGGCGUCGGCUCCUCGGGCCAGGGCAACUACCACGGCGCCUUCUCCUUCAAGGCCUUUAGCCACGAGCGCAUCAUCUGCAAGGUGCCCAAGUGGGCCGACCUGGUGCUCAAGCUGCGCUACAUGCCCUACGACAUGAAGGAGCUGACGCGCACCCAGGCGCUCACGUCGCUCAAGCCCAACUUUGACCGCGACGGCAACCCCAAGAGGGGCCUCUUCUACUACCUCGGCCUCCUCUUCACCCUCGGCGGCCGCGGCCGCAAGAGCAGCAUUCUAAGGCCCGUACCGAAGGAGUAA